AUGUCCAAGUCUACGUACUUUACAUCGGUCCUCGCCGCCCUUUGUUGCUGCCUCACCGCGUUUUAUCUCUACAACCCACCCAAGAACCCCGUGCCGAACGAAAUGGCCUCGCUCAAGCAAAUUAGCCGUUCUAUCGUCAAAAAGGUGUAUGCUGCCGAAACUUCAGAAGGUGUCGGCGCGACCGUGCGACGGUCGAUUGGUAGCAUGAGUUUGCGAAACCUGUCUCCUUUCCUCAUGUUGGACCACUUUGAUCUAUCAAGGGGUGGAGGAUUCCCAGAUCACCCUCAUCGUGGCCAGGCGACGGUUACCUAUAUGAUUGAAGGCGCUUCUCAACACGAAGAUAGUCGUGGACACAAGGGAAUUAUCAAGACUGGAGGUGUCCAAUGGAUGUGCGCUGGAAAGGGCAUCAUCCAUUCGGAGAUUCCUCUCCACGUCGAAGGAGCCAAGAACCCCAACGGACUUCAGCUAUGGGUCGACCUACCAAAGCAGUACAAGAUGGUGGAUCCAUCGUAUCAAGAGCUUGAUGCCGAGCAGAUCCCGAGUGCAUAUCCCGAGGGUGAAGACGGCAAUGUCCGCAUUAAGCUGAUUAGUGGAAAGAGCUUUGGCGUCGAAUCGCCUGUUCGUCCCCUCGGUGGAUGCUGGUAUAUGCACAUCUUUUUGAAAAAGACGGGAGCAAAAGUCUUCCAAGAUCUUCCUGCUGGAUGGACGUCGUUCAUCUACGUUCUCAAGGGCGCUGUCGCUGUCAACAAGGAUGGCGGAGACUCAACUGCCCAUCGCCAGCAUCACACACUUGUUCUCUCUGCGGCGGCCAAUGAGACUGGCGUUGCAAUUGAAGCCGGAGAAGACGAGACGGAGGUUGUACUCAUCUCAGGGGAACCACUCGACCAACCCGUUGUCCAAUAUGGUCCUUUCGUGAUGACAUCCCGUGAAGAGAUUCAGCAAACCUUGCGAGAUUACCAAGGCGCAAAGAAUGGCUUCGAGGCGGCGCACUCGUGGCAGAGCGACCUCGGCCAGAAGUUUUUGAAGGAAUAUGGAAGAGAUUAA